UCAAAGUGGGCGACACAUAUCGAAAUGUUUCUAGCUCAGUUGGGAUUACAACACGCCUGGAUAUCUCAAAGUGUAUGUUGUGUAAAUUUAUAAAGUUCAUUAGGAUAUAGAAAGUAUUAUGAACACUGCAUGAUAUUUACAGAAUGGCGGGUUUCUAUAUAUUACUGGUCGUUUUGGUUACCAAGGUCUCCUGUCAUACACCAUGCACUAUGGCGGAUGAUGAGUGUGAGUUCUGGUUCGAUCUUAAAUACACAAUGACAAUGGUAAAAGAUGAAGAAGCAUUAUAUCCAAAAGAUGGUAAAUUAUACAAAUAUGAUGUCAUGAACACUAGUACAGUAGAACCAAUCCCCACCGAAGGUGUUGCAACAGCCGAUGGUUGGGAAGAACCGCGUCUUCUUAUUGUAGUUAAUGGACAGUUUCCUGGUCCGGCAUUGGAGGUCUACGAAGGUCAAACAAUAAUUGUGCAUGUUACAAAUUCUUUACCGAGUGACUCAAUGAGUAUACAUUGGCAUGGUUUACCACAAAGGGGGAGCCCUUGGAUGGAUGGGGUAUCUUUCAUAACUCAAUGUCCAAUAUUGCCUGGACAGAGUUUCACCUAUCGAUUCAAGGCUACGCCACGAGGAACAUUUUGGUAUCAUACCCACAUAGGGUUGAUGAGAUCGAUGGGCCCAUAUGGACCCCUAAUUAUCAGAGAAAAGAAACAGUUAAGGGAAAGGGAGUUUGUGUUCACAAUUACUGAAUGGAAUCAUGACUGGGAUUCUAACCUUGCCCAAUUAAAAGAGGAAGAUGGGAUGUUCGUUAACCGAAAACCAAUUGAUCCUACCUUUUCUCUGGACGGCGCCGAGUUCAGUUUGUUUCGAUUUCAAUCAGCUUUAAUAAAUGGUAAAGGUAGAUAUUAUGAUCCAACAGGCAAACACAACGAAGCGCCGCUGGAAGUAUUUACUGUGACUCAGAAUGCUAGUUUCAUUUUUCGCGUUAUCGCAGUAGGAGUUCAAUUUCCUUUUAGAAUAUCCAUUGACGAUCAUGACUUAAUCAUUAUUGCAUCUGAUGGCUUUGAUCUUCGACCAAGGUCGGCAGAAUCAUUUAUUAUUAACCCAGGGGAAAGGUUCGAUUUCAGAAUACAAUCAGACAAGUCCGUCAACAAUUACUGGAUACGAGCGACAUCUCUUGAACUCGAUGUUGAUCAUUUUGGAUUAGCUAUUUUAAGAUACGAAGGCGCGCAGGAGGUCGACCCAAAAAGUUCGAGAAAGGUGUGCAAACCACCAAGUAAAUGCGUAGUUGUGAAUUGUCCAUUUCUGUUUUACCCUACACAAUCAAAUACUGAAUGCAUUACUUUUGAUCAACUUAAAUCUAAAGAAGACGAUCCAGCCCCCACAGGACCAAUUGGCGAACAAGAAGAACAUUUUCUUAACUUUGGUUUUCCUGGAAUAUCUUGGAAACCUGGUGCCGUAAAUGGCAGAACUUUCAAAAAACCGCCCGUAUCUGCACUUACUCAACCCCAAGAAAUCGGUUUGAAAUGUAAAGACGAUUGUGGAGAUGAGAAAGUCUGUCAAUGUCCAUAUUCCCUGGAUUUAGAAAAUGGCAAAGUUUAUCAAAUGAUUUUCUUAAAUAUGGGUGCGGGAAAGGGAUUUUCCCAUCCUAUUCAUAUGCAUGGCUAUUCGUUUUACGUUUUGAAAAUGGGCUAUGCACGGUACAAUGCCACUAAUGGUAAAAUAAUUGGCGACAAUUUGGAUAUCAAUUGCAGAGGAAAUGCCGACAGGGAACUGAGUUUUUGCAACGCAGCAACAUGGGCUAAUUCGUCAUGGCUUGGAGGUAACGUACCUGGUAUUGAAUUAGAAAACCCACCCAGAAAGGACACCAUCAUUGUUCCUACUGGAGGUUACGUUGUAGUUAGAAUCAUUGCAGAUAAUCCAGGUUUAUGGUUCGUUCAUUGUCACAUAGAACUGCAUAAUAUGGAUGGAAUGGCACUGGUCCUCAAUAAUUCUUUUCCAAUGAUUCCGUUGCCCCCACCUGGAUUUCCCAGAUGUGGUAAUUUUGACUACAAUACACCGGCUCCUCCGAAUCAAAGCACAAUGAAAAAUAAAGAUGGCGAUAAAGAUGGUGACGAAAACAACACAAUUACAGCUAUGGAUACUCUAGACGCACUAAAGAACAACAACACAUUCUGGGCGAUCACUGGAUGUUUGAUGGCUUUAGUGGUGAUAGAAUUUCUUAUUUUGGUAUAUACAUGUCGGAAAGCAACAAAUACGUUGAAAAGCAAACCGUUUGAUUCAGUUGCGAUGAAAUAGUGCACAAUCCUGAUUGAAGAUACUGUUUCACAGUAAACCAAAGAAAAGUUUUAAGUCAUAAAUAUAGAUUUGCGCUUUUAGGGCCUUUGCUUAUUAGUAAUUUGACAGUUACACACCUUUUCCGUUGUUUCUGAGGAGCUAAACUAACACUCGCACACAGUAUUUUACUCUAAGCAGGUCGGUGCUCAGAUUUUCGGUUAUUAGAAGUCGGAUCUUAGCUUAUUUUAAAUGCAUUAUUCAAAUAUUCUCUAAGCAGGUCGUUGCUCAGAUUUUCGGUUAUUAGAACUGGUAUCUUAGCUUUUUUUAAAUGCAUCAUUCAAAUAGCAAUAAUUAGCUUUACAACUGGUGACUAUAUAUUUAGUAGUUUGUGAAAUAUGUUUCAAUUCAUUGAUUUGAAAAUAUCCAUGAUGUUGUAACUGGUGUUCGAGAAAUUACUCCCAAAAAUAAAUAUAUUGUAAGUUGUAUAGCAAUGUGUAAGUGCCCAUCCAUCGUUACCAGUGUUUGUGCAUUGUGUUGUGUUCAAUAUUAUGACAACUACAUAAGCGAUUUCAGAAACCACACUUGACCUUAACUUUAAUCCAGGGACCUGUUUCACGAAAUUUUAACUAAGAUAAAAUCCAAAUUUUAGUAAUUUGAUUGAAUAAUAAUAGAUUGAUUAUAAUGCUUAGCCAAUCAAAAUUCAAGUAUCUACUAAAAUUGGAUUUUAUCUUUGGUUAAGAUUUCGAGAAACAGGGGCCAGAUGUUAAAGGUACGUACAAUACAGGUUGUUAACAGAUCCUGCAGAAUAUAUCUAUCACUACAGUAUAUAUAAUUGUUUAACACUCUAUUAAUUCAUCAUACAUUUUACUAGUGUGAGCUAACUUAUACAUUUCACCUUAAUAAUGGAAGAUUGUAAAAAAGAAACAUGUCACGUUUGUGAUAUAUGGGUGUGAUUGCAUCGUCUUUAAGAAGGGAAAGAAUGAGUUAAAUAUCAAAAAAUUUAAAAAGUUUUAUUUAAUAUACAACGCUUGUGUUCUAUUUACUUUAUAUAAUGCACCAUUGAAAUAUUUGUAUUACGUGAAAUUUUACAAACACAAAAAAUAGAUAUUUCGGAUCUAGUGUUUUUUUUCUGUUGAUGCAUCAUGUUUUCAAAAGCUACAUUAUGUUAUUCACAUGCUUAUCACUUCAAUUCAACCCUAGUACUGUACUUUCACAUUAUUUUAUAUCGGCUACCUCUUGGAAAUGUACAUUUUGUUUUUCAACGUAACGAUGUAACGUGUACUAAUGUCUCUAUAAUAAUGUCACAGGGUAGUCCUGAAUAUUUAAAGUGCAUUUUUCCUUUUAGGUUUUAUUCAACCCAUGCACAUUGACUGCAAUGUAAAUUGUUAAAGAAAAUUGAAAAUAACAAUUAAAUAUUAAUACGGGUCUGUACAAGUAGAUGUAAUUAUUUUGUCUAAGAGAGGUUGAGUUUCUAUUGUCGAUAAUGUUCAGACAAAUUAAUAUAAACACAGGCUUUGAAAAUAAACUCUGAUCUCAAAGGUUUA